CAAGAUGGAAAAGCUCACUGCCAGACUUUCUUUACUAGACAUCAGAUGACCAAGGUAUGAUUCUCAGAGUGUAGUCUAAUGACCACAUACAUCAGAACUGCUUGGAGUGUGUGUGUUGAAACUGCAUAUUACCAAGCUUACCCUCAGUUUACUAUAUCAGAAUAUCUAGCAGUAAAAUCCAGGAGCCUGCAGUUUCCAAAAGGAGCACACGCGAUUUGUAUAUAUACUAAAAUUUAUAUACUUCUGCAUUUAGGUCAUGAAUAUGACCACUGAUGAAAAACAUUCAGUCAGAGCUCUCGGCAGAAGUUAGAAAACACAGAAUGGAGCUGUACCCACCAGAUAAUCUUUUUAGUGCAUACAGCCACGCAAACUCAACCAGACGUUGUCUCCACAUUCAUGGAGAUGAUGGGGAACCGAAAGAUACUCUUUACACAGAGCCCCAAACACUCAACCUAAGAAGAAACCAUUGCAUGAGGAAGUUGGUGUUUGGUAAUGAAAUUUGAAGCCAGCUAUGUUCAGUGUAAACCAGCAAUUAAAAACACAAAUUGGGGAAUUUUUUGGUGGUCCAAUGGUUAGGACUUGGUCCUUUCACUGCCGGGGCCUGGGUUCUAUCAACGGUCAGGGAACUAGGAUCCCGCUGCGUGGCAUGGCAAAAAUAAACAAACAAAAAACAAAUCGAAGGAAAACUAAUGAUGGGAAGUCUUCUAAAAUGAUUUUUAUUGGAAUUAAAAGUAGAUUCAAUUUUUCAGGGACUCUGUCAUGCUCUAACUUAAGUUUGUUGCUCAGUUAGGUUGACUAAUCAAAAGAGUCAAGUGAAGUGAAAACAGGGCUCAAAACGGUAUAUAUACAGAAUGUUACAACAUAUAAAAUCAUGUGCACAGAUGGUUGGUUAAGAAGGUCAACUCGGCAGCAUGUUCAAAAAAAGGCUGAAGUGUAAAUCAGUGGUGAAGCAAGUGGGAGAGGCCAUUAUUGCAGGUUUGAGCAAGGUGAAAGCAGGUGAGAGCAUCGCCUGGAGAUGCAGAGUGGGAAAGGCUGUAGCUAGGAACUUGCAAAGAGGGAGCUGCAGGAGUGGAGGUCACAGCCCCCCUGUCAGAGCUGUAGACUGACAAGUGGGGCAGGAAAGCAGGGUUCAUUGAAGGUCUGUCCGUGAAACUCCUAAUUUGCUCUCCCCUCUCUUGCGUUAAGUAUCUGGCCAUGGGUAAGCAAAAAAUAUAGUAGAGAAUGAAUUAUGUGCUAUACGAAAAAGUCUGAGGUCCUUGGCGCUGCCUACGGAGGUGGCCGCCAUCUCUUACUCAGCAUCAUGGCUGCCCUCAGACCCCUCGUGAAGCCCAAGAUCAUCAAAAAGAGGACCAAGAAGUUCAUCCAGCACCAGUCAGACCAAUAUGUCAAAAUUAAGUGGAACUGGUGGAAACCCAGAGGCAUUGACAACAGGGUGCGCAGGAGAUUCAAGGGCCAGAUCUUGAUGCCCAACAUUGGUUAUGGGAGCAACAAGAAAACAAAGCACAUGCUGCCCAGCGGCUUCCAGAAGUUCCUGGUCCACAACGUCAAGGAGCUUGAAGUGCUGCUGACGUGCAACAAGCCUUACUGUGCUGAGAUUGUGCGCAACGCCUCCUCCAGGAACUGCAAAGCCAUUGUAGAGAGAGCAGCCCAGCUGGCCAUCAGAGUCACCAAUCCCAACACCAGGCUGCGCAGCGAAGAAAAUGGAUAGACAGCUUGUGUGCACGUUUUGUUUAAUAAAACUGUAAAAUGGCCGAAAAAAAAAAAAA